CAGGAGGCAGCAGUGUAUGACAAGGAAAAUGCUAUGCAUAUCAAUCAAAAUAUGGAUGUUAUUCUGGUUUUUUCUGCACUAUUCUCUGCCAUAUCAACAGCUUUUAUUAUACAAUUCUAUCCCACCCUCCAACCUGAUCCACAGGAUGCUAUGGUUCACCUACUUCAGGAUAUCAAGCUGGCACUUGCAAAUGGCACAUCAAAUGAUGCAGUGGCUAAUGGAGGCCAUUGCUCAUCCACCCAAGAGAACUUUAUGCCAAGUGUAUCUGCACUUACAGUCAAUGCUCUAUGGUUUGCAAGCUUAACCUGCUGCUUAGGAUCAGCUAUGGUAGCAAUCCUGGUUAAACAAUGG